AGGCUCGAGUCCUCGGGCUCCCCGAGCCGCCCAGAACUGCUCCGACGCCGCGCGCAUCGGCUCCGCUCGGCGGCCGGGGCUCGGCUACCAUGGCGAACCAGCCCGCUCGCGCCCCGCCAUGGCCAAACUGCAGCCGCAGCAGCUCACAGCCUUGGGCGACAAGCGCCACUUACUAUGGCGUGUGCGACAGCAGGCCCGACCAGCUUGACGGCGAACGAGGAACCGCUUGCGCCGGUCUCGCCUGCGGGCGGGGCCGCCCGCCAGCGGGCCUCAAGCUCGAGAUCCUCUCCAACGACAGUGAGCUCAUGGACGCCAGCACUCCCCGCACCCACGGGCCAGACACCUGGGCGUUCAGCAGCGCCCGCGGCGACAGCAGGGCCUCCGCGGCCGACGCGCGCUCCCCGACCCGGGAGUGGAGCGCCCCCGACGCGGCCUGGGCCCGCAUCCGCACGCCGUCCCCGGAGCCGCUGGCGUGGCAGCAGAGCGCGCCCGCGAAGCCCCCGCAGUGGCUGCCGUGGCAGCCCCCGGCAGUGCCGCAGCCGCCGGAGCCCGCGGCGCCGCGCGAGCGGGGGCCCGCCCCGCCCGCCGGGGAGGCCAAAGCUGCCGCGGCGAAGCAGGAGCGCACGCAGGGAGGGGUGCCGGAGAUGCCCGAGAGGCCGGGAGCGCGGGAGGCCUCAUCGGGCCUGCCGCCGGGCUUCCGGGGGGUGCUGAGCGUGGGCUCGGUGGGCCACCCGUACGCGUGCCGCGAGCCCUGCAAGUACGUGCGCAAGAGCCGCGGGUGCAAGGACGGGGCGCAGUGCGACCGGUGCCACGCCUGCGUCUGGAGCUACUACAGGCCAGGGCCCAAGCCCGAGGUGGCGCGCCCGCCGACGGCGGGCCGUGCCGGCCCCGCCGGGCCGCAGGGCCAGUGACCAGCAUUUCUUCUAUCUCUUCUGUUCUCAGAGCACCGCUCGGUUCUGACAGCACGUCGUGGCAGGCCUCGAGGAACGCCAGUGCGGCCGGUCCCUGCGGCACGCUGGUGGCCCCCUCCGAGCUGCCUGGUGGAUGGCGUGCGGGAGGGCGCCCAGCCGACGGGACGCCCUAGGGGGGCUGGAGUCCGACGAUGCGCCUCCAAGGGCAACUUUUUGCUGUCCGAGGAUGCACGUCCCGACUGCACUUGUCGGUGCCGACGCGCUGCAUUUUGAAUCUGCAGUCUUGCUGCUGCCGUCAUAGUUUCAAGGACCGAUUAUUCUGAUUCAGAGAUCACGCUCAUUUUUAAGUUUCCAGAAUCACAUGCGGCCACUGGCACCGAGCUGUGGCGCCGCGCUGCCAGGCAGGUGCAAGCCUGCUGGCCCGACUGGGAAGAGGGCGCCACCUAGGCAUUCCCCACCUAUACCCCCACCUUUGAUGCUUCCGCACUCCCCAGACCCCCGAUUUCAUGAUUCUCGGAAAGGAGGGGAAGGAAUGCGGAGCCCGAGAUCCUGGCGUCACACUUUCUUCGCACCGGGCUUUGUCGCCCUGCGUGGACUCUCCCAUGCCCUUUUGUAGGGUCGUGGCGCCGCGCUACCGGGGGCGACCGCCCCGCGCGUGGCGCGUGGCGCGUCACGAUGGCACGGCCAAAGAGGCCAUGCCGGGGUUUAAUUCCCAAUGCGAGUUUCAGCUUUCGGCCUCCUGCUCCUCCUCCUCCUCCUCCUCCUCCUCCUCCUCCUCCUUCGUGUAGGCAAACUUAUAGUGCUGUGCAUGUAGCGUUCGGCAGUGACAAACGAUGUAAGAUUCCGACUCGGCGAAGUGCAAGCACAAUUAAGGUUGCUGCCAGUGCGGGCACAAGAGGGGCCAG